AUGGCUGUCCCCAACGAGACUUCCGAGGAUGUCAAUGAUUUCCUUCAGCGCAUCCGAGAACUAGGCGAGCGUCGCGACAAGGAAGACGACGAGCGCACCAAGAAACUAGAGGAAGAGAUCCUGCAGGGCCGGAAGGAAAGGCAAGCCCGGAGAGCCGAGCGUGCACGAUCACUAGCCCUUACCGACGAUUCAUCCACCCUCAAUAUCGCACGGCUGAGCGUUUCCUCUAUCAGCGCCCGGUCUAUUGAACCCCCAGAACACCUCGAGCCAACACCGCAAACCUCCCAAACCCCAGGACCUGAGCCACCGACUACGAGCGCCGUGGAUUCGAGUCAAGAUAUCGAAGCCUCUGACACCGACAAGCGACGCGGAUCGGUCCCGGAUUUUGGAAUGGAUUCUCCCUCGCGGACACUGCCACCUUUGUCCCGUAGCCGAGCGGGGACUUUGUCAUGGCAGCAACGCCCCUCCUCGCGGGAUUUCGGUAUGCCACCCGGCUCAACAUCCCCAACUCGCUCCCCAACUCGCGCAAGCCACCUCAGAAAUUUGUCUACGGCAUCGGAUGAGAAUACACUAUCUCGACUCCAAUUUGGGUUCCCGCGGCCCUCGAAGGAUGCCCCUGUGCUCCCUCCAUCGCCAGACCGUGCGGCUGGGUCGUUAGCACACAGUGACAAGGAAGAACCGAGGGAUAUCAAAACAGACGUGGGUGUGGGGCAUCAGGAGCCGGAAGUGGGUGAAGAAUCAAGUACCGAACUAGAUCAACUCGCGGCAGUAGAAGAGAGAUCAUCGUCACCUCCGAGAACCGGUUCUCGCGAUAGUAACAUGAGCCAUCGCUUCUCUGUAUCAUCCGUUUCGGCCACUGGACUGGGGUCACCAGUGCACCUGUCAGAGACUCCAAAGCUCGAGCCUCGACAGAAUGAUUCCUCCUUUGAGGAAUCCGUGUCGCCCUCUCCAACCCAGCGGCGGAUGUCACCAGAGCGAACACGGUCGACCUCACCUACCAAGGGUCUGGGAGGCUUUGUUCAGAGUGCUAUGAUGCGAAGAUCAGAUAGUGUGUCAAAAAGGUGGAGUGCGCAAACUCCACAGGGGCUCGGGCGGUCAAAUUCCAUUGUGUCAAAUCGCAGCAGUGUGGCAGGCCCAGGUUUGAGUGAAAUGACCCCUCCAACUCUUGGGCGAAUUGGACGUGAACCUUCAACUCUCCUGCAACGACCAGGCUCCAGUCAUAGCGAGGCACCCACCGAAACAGCCGAACGACCAACCACACCGGCGGAUAGAAGCAGUGUGAAUUUUGAAAGUCCAGGAAAGUCAUUCCGACCUGGUCACUCGCGUUCUGCUAGCUCUGCCACCGCAGAAGGUGGCGACGCUCAAAGUCCAUUUGUCUCGAAAACAAUGGACCCCAAGCGCUGGAGCCCCAACAAGGCUUCUUGGUUGGAAAGUGCUCUCAACCGACCAGAGCUACCACGACAAACCACCAGACCCCCCUCGCAGCCUAACUGGGCCAAAGACCGGCAAUCGCGAGGUAGCGUGGAUUUGGGGCGAGUAAACAAUUUCAAGGAAGUCACCCCUCUCGGUUUGAUGCGAACACCCCCGCCAGGAACUCAAACCAAACUACCUGGCGUCUCUGGUCCAUCGCUUCCUACCAGCCCUAUCAAGGAUGGUGUUCCUGAGUCUCCAUCAGGAUUCCCUCUGAAGAAAAUUGGUGUUUCUGCUCCAUCACUUCCUACGAGCCCCACCAAGGAUGUCGUUCCGGAGUCUCCAUUAGGAUUUCCUCUGAAGAAAGUCGGUGCCUCUGGUCCGUCGCUUCCUGCGAGCCCUGUGAAGGAGGCAGCUCCUGAGUCUCCGUCUGGCUUCCCAUUCAAAAAGUCAAGCAUCUCGGGUUCAUCGGUUCACAGGAACUCUGUCUCAGAUCCUCCCUCUGAAUUCCCUUUCAAGAGGCCUGGUACCGCUGGAGGGUCAGUCGGCGGAAGCCCUGAAGGCAAGCUUAAAGAAACAGCACCUGAGUCUCCCUCGGGAUUCCAUUUCAAAAAGCCCAUCAGCUCGGCUUCAUCACUCCACAGGAACUCCGUCUCAGAGCCUCCGGCAGAAUUCCCACUCAAGAGGCCCAGUGUCUCUAGUCCAAGCCUUGCCAAGGAGACUGUUCCUUCUUCUCCGUCGGAGUUCUCCAAGAAACCUAGUAUCUCUAGUCCCUCGAUCCCUGGAACGCCCGAAGCCAAAUUGAAGGAGACAGUCCCACAAUCUCCGUCAGUUCUCGGUAGCCCCGACGCCGGACAAACAAAAGAGGAAACCCCAGCUUCUCCAUCGCCUGUCGAGGAAGCUCUCAAUGCCCUAUCAGGCGGCGUACCGGCGGAGGAACCCAAGUCUGCCUCUCCCGCUGAAAUGGAGAAUGAAUCACGACAACUAUCGGCAUCUGAAGAGUCCGAGCCUCAAUCUACUCCCACUCGCAGGAUCCCUCCCGACUCGCUGAGCCCCAAACCCAACUUUUCCAUUUCUACUUCCUCGCGGGGGCCAAUUUCACCCAAGGUGAAGCCACAAUCUCCUGUGGUGGACUUCCGAGCAAACCUACGGAAACGAGAAGUCGUCAAAGAUAACGGUGAUGACAAAGAACCGGAAUUUAAAAAUGUAUUUGGACGCCUCAAAAAGACCGAAACUCGCAACUAUGUUGCACCAGAUGAGCUUAAGGGCAAUAUCCUACGAGGCAAAGCUGCUUUGAACAACACCGGCGGACCAAAGAAGACCGAGCGAGUUGAUGAAUUUAGGAGGAGCCUUGUAACACGGAAAGAUGAAAUGAAAGCCGGCGGGGGCUCCAUCAGACGGAAUACCGCUGGAGAGCAGGAUGCGCCGCCAAAACCGACCGAGGUCGUCCCAGAAGCAAUUGCUAUGCGACAAAAUAUGACCCGGGCAAAUAGCAUAAAGCAGGCGCCUGUGGAUGAGCCCACGUUGCCCGCUAAGAGUUUUGGUUCUCGAGGUUCACAGGAAAGACCACCAUUGUCGUCCCCGAAUUCAUCUUUAAAAAGUAUCGGUACAUCGCGAGCUUCUCAGGAACUACAGCCAUUGUCGCCAUCUCCUGCCAACAAUGAGCCCACGUUGCCCGCUAAGAGUUUUGGUUCUCGAGGUUCACAGGAAAGACCACCAUUGUCGUCCCCGAAUUCAUCUUUCAAAAGCACAGGUACAUCGCGAGCUUCUCAGGAACUACAGCCAUUGUCGCCAUCUCCUGCCAACGAUGAGCCGGGCUGGCCCUUGAAAGAUACCAGUUCUUCGCGAGCGUCUCAAGAAUCCCAGCCAUUGUCACCUUUCCCUGCCGAUGAUCCCAUUGAUGAGCCAGAGGCAAUCCCAGCGGCGAGCGACUACAAGCAAACUCCCGAGAUAGUCUCUUCAGCGGACCGGGAGGAAACCCGGGAAGACGUGGCACCAAUCGAGCCCAGCGUAGUGAAGAUGCAAGUGCCCUCAGUCAAGACACUCCGCCCAGUUCGCCAAUGGCCACCGGCGCCUGUCGCAGAGGCUACCGUGACUCCAACCUUAACAGCUAAAAGCAAGUUGGCGGGCCGAAUCAACCCUGCGCUAGCUGGCCUGCUUUCUCGUGGUGCCCCUGCCAGUGACGGACCGAAGAAGCAGCUGUCAACCCCCGUUUCAACGCAGAGUGAUCCUGCUUCGCCAUCUGCGCCUCUCACGCACAUCACAAAGGGUCGUGCCAGAGGCCCGAAGAGACGACUUCCCCAGACAACUGAUAUCUCGACCCCGUCCGCUCGGGACGAUACUAAGGAGGUUGGUGCUAUUUCAUGCUCUGAAGCCACCCCGUCCCAGACUCCUACAAUCCCUGUUGAAUCCUUGGACAUCGAUUCGGAGUGCCUGUCGCAGCCUGAUGAAGACCCAGUUCCUGACAUCACAAACCCCCGUUCAGACAGCCCAGUCACCGAGCAACUUCCGGAGUUGAACACUUCUCCACAAGAUACCCUCGAACGCGAUACGCCCCAAGCACUUCAGACCCGUUCCCUAACAACGAAUUUCGACAUUUUCCCUUCCGCCAACCUUGAGGCGACAUCCAGGGACCCCGAAAGCCCUGAAGGGGUGAGUCCAUCAAGCGGACCACCUGUCCCACCGAAGUUCGACCGUCCCGCGUCCGAUCCCCCCGCGUCCCCCUUGCCUGUAACGCCAAAGCCACAAUUGGGCCAGCAAAACCGGUUUGCGUCCUCAUCGCCAUCCCCUCUCCGAACAAGUCACAAAGAGAACCAAAUGGACUCACCUAUGAGUCAGCAGAAGAGCAUCCCCGGUGUUGUCGUCGAGUCAGCACGCAGUUCCGUCUCACGGCCCAUGAGCCAUCCCUCCCCGCCAGUACCCCCCAAAGAUGGCGAUGUCAUGCUUCCCAAGCCAACCGAUCCGCGCAGACUUUCAAGGAAGAUGUCUGCUCCAUCACUGGUUGCGCAAGCUAGUGAGGCACGUGAGGUAAUUGCGGGCUUCUUCAAGACACUCCCCGACGCUCGAAACCGGAUGGACAUUGAUCCCCAGCUGAUGUUGAUGCGCAAGCCGGACGAUGUAAAGAUCAGGACCGUGAAGCGACAGAUCUGGGAGCUCACAGGUGAUGGGAGGCGCCAGGAACUUCCUUCUCACCAGGAGUACAUCCUAUAUCAAGGCAGCAUGUAUCUCUGCGUGCACACAUUCGAGAGCGGACGAAGUAACACCUCGGAAGUAUACCUUUGGCGUGGAGACGAUGUCCCCGAAGCCUCGGUAGAGAAUGAACAGCCGUUCGCACGCAAGGUCGCUCGUGAGAAUAGCUCUAAGUUGCAAGUCAUUCGACAAGGUAAAGAGCCCACACGGUUCAUCCAAGCACUUGGCGGAAUUAUGAUCACUCGUCGGGGCUCCAGCUCUCGCCACAAUUCAUCGGCUCUCUACAUGCUUUGUGGCCGGAAACACUUGGGCGAGAUGACCUUUGAUGAGGUGGACUACUCACUGCGCAACCUCUGCUCUGGUUUCCCCUACGUUGUCUCUGCUCCCUUUGGAAAGCUUUACCUAUGGAAGGGCAAAGGCAGUGGCCCUGAAGAAACCGGUGCAGCCCGACUUAUCGGCAUGGACCUAGGUCUCACUGGAGAGUUUGAAGAGGUCACCGAGGGCGAAGAGCCGGAGGAUUUCUUCGAUGUCUUCGCAGGCCCCCGGGAGGCCGCGCCGCACAUGUGCCAAGAUCACUGGCAGCUGAAGCCGAAAUACAACCACUUCCGUUCGCGACUCCUCCGGGUCGACCACGAAUUGAACCCGCCAACGCGUUUCUGGAAUAUCCGUCGUCCGGGCGCAAGUUCACCAGUGGUCAAGGCCAACGAUUGCGUUCAAGAAAUCGAGCCAUUCUGCUACCGAGACAUCAUCGAGAAAGAUGUAUACGUCCUGGACACCUUCUUUGAGAUCUACGUGAUUAUCGGCGAGCAAGCCUCACAGAAGUCUGCCGAUUUCGCCUCGGCAGUGGUCUUCGCGCACGAAUAUGGUAUCCUUGCCACAUCCCUCCAGGACCGACCAUUCAUCCCCAAAAGUUUCGUUGCCCUCGGCGGCGUUCCUGACCGCUGCCAAAGCGCAUUCCGCAAAUGGAACCCACGUAAUCAGCAUGCGCCUUUCGUGUUCUCUCUGGAUGUUGUUAUCGAAGCGAUUCGAUCACCGGAGAAUUGA